GCCGCACGGCCGCCUUUCGGACGAUCGGUGAUCGGCUACUUCGGCCUGUCUCCUCCCAGCAGCGCGCGCUUUGAGUGCCGGGCCUGCGCUCCCGCGCGCGGGUUGGAGUGUCCGGCGCCUGGCGAGGUUGGGGUAUCUACGGAUCGGUCGCUUUCUUCUUUGCUCGCACUAGAAACUUACUUCUCUACUUAGCUGACUUUCCCUUAGAGUUUCUGGCCCUGUUCUUGCCCCAGCAUGACUUUUUUCGGGUCGCCAUUGUGGAAGCCUCACACAGAAGCCCUGUCCUCUUGAAGUUCCCGGCGGUGACGCUCCAGCCCCGCCACCAUGAACGGGGUCUUGAUCCCCCAUACGCCCAUCGCGGUGGACUUUUGGAGCCUGCGCCGGGCGGGUGCCGCGCGGCUCUUCUUCCUGUCCCACAUGCACUCGGACCACACCGUGGGCCUCUCCAGCACCUGGGCGCGGCCCCUCUACUGUUCCCCAAUCACUGCCCACCUCUUGCGUCGGCACCUCCAGGUAUCUAAGCAGUGGAUCCGCGCACUGGAGGUUGGUGAGAGUCAUGUCUUGCCUCUAGAUGACAUUGGAAGAGAGACCAUGACUGUAACCCUCAUCGAUGCCAAUCACUGCCCAGGUUCUGUUAUGUUUCUCUUUGAAGGAUAUUUUGGAACCAUCCUCUACACAGGUGAUUUUCGAUAUACACCAUCCAUGCUAAAUGAGCCAGCCUUGAUGUUGGGAAAACAGAUUGAUACUUUAUACCUAGACAACACCAAUUGCAACCCAGACGUGGUUCUUCCUUCUCGACAAGAAGCUGCCCAUCAGAUUGUCCAGCUCAUUCAAAAGCACCCACAACAUAACAUAAAGAUUGGACUCUAUAGCCUGGGAAAGGAAUCACUGCUAGAGCAACUGGCCUUGGAGUUUCAGACCUGGGUAGUAUUGAGUCCUCAGCGCCUGGAGUUGGUACAGCUGCUGGGCCUGGCGGAUGUAUUCACGGUAGAGGAAAAGGCUGGCCGCAUCCAUGCUGUGGACCAUAUGGAGAUCUGCCAUUCUACCAUGCUGCAUUGGAACCGGACUCACCCUACCAUUGCCAUCCUUCCCACAAGCCGUAAAAUCCACAGCUCCCACCCUGGUAUUCACAUCAUCCCUUACUCUGACCAUUCCUCGUACUCUGAGCUUCGUGCCUUUGUUGCAGCUCUGAAGCCUUGCCAGGUGGUACCCAUUGUCAGUCAGCGGCCUUUUGGAGGCUACUUUCAGGACACCCUGAGCCCCAGGCUCUCUAUACCCCUGAUUCCAGACUCUGUGCAGCAGUACAUGAGUUCCUCCUCUAGAAAACCGAGCUUUCUCUGGCUGUUAGAAAAGAGACUAAAAAGGCAGAGAACACCGGGUGUUGUGUUUGAGUCCCCUGAGAAAAAUGUUGAUGAAGUUGAUAGAAACUCAAAGAAGGCUGAGAAAGGGGAACAUUUUCCCUGGUCUGGGGACCUUAAAAAGCAGCCCUCCCACCAUCCUUUGCAGAUCAAGAAGCAGUUGUUCCCAGACCUCUGUGACAAAGAAUGGAAUAGGGCAGUCUCGUUCUGUGAAUCCCAGGAGAAGGUGACUGUGCUGCCAUCUGCCCCUUUGGGAUUUUCAGUGCACUUAAGGUCUCUAGAGGAGAAGCUUAUCUCUCCAGAAACGAGGGAGGAAAUUGGUUUAGGGCCCCCUUUGGUACUCAUGGGAGAUGAUGAUAGCCCAGCAACCACAAGGAACCAAGGUGCCUGGAUGGCCUGUGGUUCUCCCCUGUCACACAGUAAGGCCACCCCUGUUCUAGCUACUGAGUUCAGUGGCUUUGCACUAAAAUACCUUCUGACUCCAGUGAACUUUUUCCAGGCCCAGUUUUCUUCCAGAAGCUUUGACCAGCAAGUGGAAAAAUACCAUAACCCUUGCUGAAGUAUAGACAGGAAAGUGUAGAAUGAUAGCAUUAUUUGAGUGCACAUUGCAGUUUUAAAGACAGUAGCUGAUGACCAGAAGGGAAGAGUUUGGGGCCUUUUUUUUUUUUUUUUUUUUUUAAGAGACAGAGUCUCUUAAAGAUCCCUCAGUAGAGUGCUGUGGCAUCACAGCUCACAACAACCUCUAGCUCUUGGACUUUUAGACUAUUCUCUUGCCUCAGCCUCCCGAGUAGCUGGGACUACAGGUGCCCACCACAGUGCCUGGCUAUUUUUUGUUGCAGUUUGGCUGGGGCUGGGUUCGAACCCAUCACCCUUUGUAUAUGGGUCCGGUGCCCUACUCAUUCAGCCACAGGUGCCACCUGGGGCCUUACUUUUCUACAUUUAUAGGAUCCUUAUGGGCUUAUACUGGAAUGGCACUUCCCAAAGCUUACUUAGUUGGCUUUGAAAUAUGUAGUUUUAUAGUUGACUUUUUUUUUUUUUUGAGACAGAAUCUCACUCUGUUGUCUGGGUUAGAGUGCAGUGGCAUCAUCAUAGCUCACUGCAACUUCAACCCCUGGGGUCAAACAAUCCUGGCUUAGCCUUCACUACGGCACAUGCCACCAUGCCCAGCUAAUGUUUCUAUCAUUUUGUCUCACCGUGCUGCUCAGACUGGUCUCUUUACUACUGGCCUCAAGUGAUCCUCCCACUUCGGCCUCCCAAAGCGCUAGGAUAGCAGGCAUGAGCCACUAUGCCUACCCUAUGGUUGACUGUUCAAGAAAUAACGUUUUGUUAUAAAUUCUUUGGAGUAUGUAUGAGUACACUAAAGGUUGUUAGGAGUCCUGCAGUAAUUUAAUCUAACUUUGUUUAACUCAGUAUUUCUCAGACUUUUUGAGCGUGCAAUCGUAUGUUAGUACAGAAAGAGAGAGUCUGAAUCAAAAAGGACCAGGUUAUUCCCAUUGUUAUUUUGUGUGUCAUGUGUAAUUUCCCUUGUCCCCUCCUCCCUUUUCCCAGAUAAAAGUCACUUAAGUCGUUCUGUUUUUUAAAUUAUGAACUGUGGUACGGGAAGACAAAGUGGUGAUCCAAGCAGUACAUUCCAAUUCUGAAUGUCACUGACUUGCUGUAACCUCCAUCCAAGUAACUUCCUGUCUCUGCCUCUGGGAGAGAACAGGAAGGGAUUAAAGGGGCCUUGGAACAGUGGUGAAAAAUUCCACCUCUGCCUCCUUCAUGAGGCUGCGAAGUCAGGUUGCUGGGGACCCACCUGAAACAGCCACCUAGGGGGUUGGACACCUACCAUCAAGGUAGUAUCUGGAACCCAGCUGAACAUUAAAUUAAGGCUUGAGUGUGACUAGGCUCCCCAAGCCCUGAAUCUUUGGCUGAAGUAAAGUUACAGAAGAUCAAAUGUGCUGCCAGAUAUUCCUCUGAUUGUACACAUAGCUGGCAUUUUGUUCCCCCCCCCCCCUCUUGAUUUGAGUAGGGAGCCAGAGCACACAGCCUCUUUGUUUUAGUAUCCAGGGAAGAGACCAAGAAGCCAGCUGGCUGGACGGGGUGGGGGUGUGCAAUCUGCCCUGUCCUCUGCUCAUAACCUGACAAAAUGCCAAACCAGUAAGCAGGACAGCCAAUACCAGGGUUAGAAGGGAAUAGGCCUGAGAGGGCAUAAACACUCCCGGCUGGAUAUGUUGAUAAGAACUGUUUCUGAGUAGAACCCCAGGCCUCAGUACUGAUGAAGUCUCUGAUUCUUGUACAAGGGGAAAAAGAGUUUUCUACUUUUGGAGGAAGAAAUGAAGAGUUUAGAAAACAAAAUAAAGUCUUGCUCUUGGGCAAGCCAUAUACAGCUCUUGUUUUGCCAUUGAUUUUCACUGUAAGUCUCCCGAGGGCUUACUAGGAGCCACAGCAGGUAAGGCAUUUGGUACAGUAGGAAACAUGGGCAUUUCUGGGCUUGAAUCCAGGGCACCCAGAGCCAAUUGCUUAAAUAGUGGAGCCUAGUCCCUCAUCUGUAAAAUGGAUUGAGAUACCUACCUCUCACAAUUGCUAGGGAGAGUAAAUAGUUUGUAAAAUUCUUCUAGCUCAAUGUCUGCCGCCUGAUAGGUAUUUCAAAAGUUGAUUCUCCUUAGCCUCUGGUUCUUCAUCAAGAAAUUAUUCUGAAUAUAGGCCAGAUGUGGUGGUUCACACCUAUAAUCCUAGCACUUCAGGAUACUGAGGCAGAUCACUUGAGCUCAGGAGUUCAAGACCAGCUCAGCUGAGCAAGAAUGAUACCCUGUCUCAAUUAACAAUAGAAAAAAAUUAACUGGGCCUUGUGGCAGUUUCCUGUAAUCCCUGCUACUCAGGAGGCUGAGGCAGAAGGAUCACUUGAACCCAGGAAUGUGAGGAUUCUGUGAUACUGUAGCCUGGGCAACAGAGUGAGACUCUGUCGCCUGUGGCUCAGUCGGUAGGGCGCCGGCCCCAUAUGACGGGUUCA